AUGUUUUCAAAAAGGACGGCUGUUAAAAAAAAUAUAAAGAAGAGUUUGGUUGAUGAUUCAGGAAAUGGUGAUGAAGAAGGUAAUCUAUUUAAAGGAUCCUUGAAUGAAAAAAAUAAAGCAGUAGGACAAAAUGAAAAAGGAAAUAAAAUCAAUAAUAAUGUAUCCGGACGUGAAGAAGGUAUAAUAUCACAAGAUGAAACCGAUUUAAGUGAAAUAAAAAAAAAUGUAGCAUCAUCAUUUAUACCUGAAAAUCGAAACAUUGACGAUGUAUGUAAUGCUGAAGAUACUAUGGGGAAUCAUCAACAUAAUCAACAAACUGAUUUAAAAAUAGAAAAAAAUGAAAAAACAAAAAAAAAAUUGAGUUUUAUAGAAAGGAAAAAAAAAGAAGAAAUGGAUAGAGUAAAUAAACUAAAUACAAGCUUUAAUAUAUACAGUGAUAAUGAUAGUGGUAGUGAUAGUGAAAAUUAUAUAAUGAUAAAAAAAAAAAAAAAAAAUAUGAAAAAAAAAUUUGCUGGUAUCAAUAGUAAUGAUAUAUAUAAACAAAAAGAAAGCAUCGAAAAAAUUAGUAGCAUGAAAGACAGUACACAAAAUAAUGAACAAUAUCAUCGAAAAUACAUUAUAAAUAAGUAUUAUAUGCACACCAAAGAGGGCGAGAGCGAUGGAAAUGAAGGACAUCAAAAUGACCCAUUUACAAUGAGAGAAACAGAAGAUGAAAUUAAUGAAAUGGAUGGGACUAGUCCAUAUAGUUAUAACGGUGUAAAAGGUGAUGAAAAUUUUCAAAAAAUAUCACAAAUGAAUAAUAAUUACAAAAAUAAGAUAGCAACUGAUAAUAGCUUGCUUGUACAGGAAAAUGAGCAACUAUUUGAUGACCAAGUCAUAAUUAAUUUUGAAGACGAAAUCGAUGAUGAAAAUGAUGAAGAAAAUAAAUUAAUUAAAGAAAUAAAAUUAAAAAAAAAUAUUAUUCGAAAGAAAAAAGAAAUAUCAGAAAAAUAUUUAUUUGAAUAUGAAGAAAAUUCAAAUGAUGAUUGUGAAAAAUUAUACCCUUAUGAUUAUUCUUACACAGGUGAUCAUAUUUCAAAAAAAAAUAUUUUUUCAAAUGAAAUAAAUAAUUUUGAAAAUGAAGACGAUUUUGAAGUUGAUGACACAUAUAACUACGAAACUUUAAAAGAGCUUAAAUACAAACUAUUAAUAAAAAAAAAUAAAAAUGAAGGAAUAGGAAAUUUAUAUGAAAAAAGUAAGCCUGAUCAAGAGCCAGAAAUAAAAAAAGACUCUUCAAGUGAUGAAUUAGAAAGCAAAGGAAAAUAUGACACUUCCAAAUUAUACAAAUCGUAUGUAAACUAUGAUAAUAUAAAUGAUGAAAAUGAUGAAAAUGAAAAUCAUAAAAUAAAAAAAAUUAUUAACAGGAAUAUUUUUAAUGAGCUAACUAAUGAAAAAAAAAAAAUGGAAUUUUUAGCUAGCUCAAAUUAUGAUAAUAAUUUAAAUGAAGAUAUAUAUAUGAGUGAUAAAUCAACUGGAAAUAUUCCAAUAAAAAAAGAAAAAACAAAUGAUUUAAAUAAUGUAAAAGUUGAUGAAAAUGACAAAGAAGGAAAAACAAUUAUUAUAGAAAAGGGACAAACAGUAAACAAUAUUAAUGAAAAAAGUUUAAAAAAUAAAGAAGACAUUGAAGAUAUUACUUUUUAUAAUUAUGAAAAUGAAAAUAUUUUUGAAAAUAUUAAAAAAAACUUUGAAGAAUAUGGUGUGUGUAAUUUAGAAAUUGUCAAAAUGAAUAAUGAUAUAAAAAAGGAAUAUGAAAAUUAUAAAAAUCGAAUUAAAAAUUAUGAAAAUAAAAAACGUUUAGAACAACAUAAUAAUAUAGAAUAUAAAAAAUUAAAAAAAAUGUGUAAAGAAAAAAAAGACCAACUUAUUACAUGUAUAUAUAUUAAUAAAUUUAUAGCAAUUUUAAAGAAUCUUAUUUUAGAAAAAUCCAAAUGUAUUGAUAAUGCAUUAAAAUUAUUAUACAAAAUGGAAAGUAGUUUUACAACAAUUUAUUUUAAUAUGAAGUUGUAUAUUUAUAAAGAAUAUUAUGAAUAUCAUAAACUUAAAUUUAUUGAUGAUUAUAUAUUUAAUUCAAAAUUUUAUAAAAUAAAUAAAAAUAAAUAUAAAUCGAUUCAUUUAAAUUAUCUCAUAAAAGAAGACUAUUUUAUUCAAAACCAAAACGACAUACAUACCCUUAUCUCAUUUUACAAUAAUUUUGUUAAAAAUAUUUAUAAUUACAAUUAUUUUGACAAAACAUCUUACCAUUAUAUGCUUGAUGGCUUUUCAAGUAAUUAUUCUACUGACUCAUCGAAUGUUAGUGAGGGUGAUGGUGAAGUGAUUGAAGAAUUGGACGGUAGCCAACCCAAUUUUAAAGACAAAAAUAAAAGUGAAAAAACAAAAUAUUUUCAGACUAUAAAAAUGAAAGACAUAAAAAAUAAGUUCCUUUCUCUUAUUGAAAACAUAUUUGAAAAUGUAAAUUUAUAUUUUUUAAAUUUUAAAAGUGUAAUAAAAUAUUUUUAUUUAUUUAAAUAUUAUAAUAAUGAUUUUUAUAAAAAUAAUAAUUGCUUGAAAUGUUUUGAAGAUAUAUUUUUUUUUUUUGUAAAAUUAGAGCUACUUUAUUGGGAUCCAAUUUUACAAUUCUCAUUAAAAAAAAAAAAAAAAAAUAAUAAACUUGAUAUUUAUGACAAGCAAUUAAAAAGUGAUACAUUAAUGAUAGAUCAAAAUACACCUGAAGAAAUAGAAAACAUUACAAAUGGUAGUAACGAGAAUAUAUUCCCCCAUUUUAAUCAUAACAACCUAUUCAUAAAUAGUGACAAUGAUGAUGAUAGCCAAUUACUAGAUUCAUCAGAUGACUCUGAAAGUGAAAUUUCUGUAAGUAGUUCAAGUUCUACAGAUGAAGAAAUUGUAAAUAAUAAUAAUAUGACAAAAAGGGAAAGUGAAAAUAGUAACGAAGAAAACAACAUCAACUUUGAAAACAUAAAUAAAAUACAUCCCACUUUUAAAAAGUUUCGAAAAAAUACAAAUUUUGAAAAAAAAAAAUACAAACUUAAUAAAAAAUGUUUUAAUACUAGUCCAUUUAUAAAAUCAUUUGAAUGGUACAAAUUCAUGGAUGAACUAAUACUUAUAUAUGAUGCACCAAGUGAAAAAGAAAUAUUAACAAAUUUAUAUAGAAAUAUAUUUAACAAUAAAAUAUAUGAAAUUAUAGAUAAUGUAUGGAAUCCAUUUUCAUUAAAUCAAAGUAUAAACUUAGUUGCCAUAAUAAAAGAUUACAUAACAUAUAAUGAAGAACAUGAUUUAUUAUUUUUAAAAAUUAGAGAAAGGGUUUGUAUAUAUAUAAACACAUAUUUAGAGACACGUAAAAAUAUAAUGAAUCAAAAAAAAAGAAAUAUUUUCCUAAUCAGAUGUUUAAAACUUUUUAAAUGCAUAAAAAAUAUACUUACUAUAUCCCACGAUAUAGAACUAUAUCAAAUUGUUCAGAAAGUUUUCUAUGAUAUAGUUUUAGCUAACUGUGAUUAUUCGAACAAAUAUCAUAACCUUAUUUUAGCAUCUUUAAUUCCGAUUAUUCAAUCUGUAAAUAUAUUAUAUAAUAAUAACUUUGAUAGUGAUGUGUCAGAAAUAAUGAAUAAGGUCAUCUCAAAUUUGGAGUCAGAUGGCACUUGCUUCACGACACUUCAUAUUGAUCAUUGA